AUGGAGGUUGUUGAUGCUAGACGAGGAACUUGGCGUCUUACAGGUUUUUAUGGUUAUCCAGGUGGUAGUAGAAGAAGAGAUUCAUGGAACUUCCUUAGACAUUUGUCUCAUGUGUCUAAUAUACCGUGGUGCAUUAUUGGUGAUUUCAAUGAUAUUCUCUCCUCGGAUGAAAAAAAAGGUAGAGUUGAUAGGCCAAAUUGGUUGAUAAACGGUUUUCGUGAUGCAGUUCUUGACUCCGGCCUGAUCGAUAUACACAUGGAGGGAUAUCAAUUUACGUGGUUCAAAAGUCUCGGUACUGAUCGCGUUGUGGAAGAGAAACUUGAUAGGGCUAUGUCUAGCGAAGAAUGGUGUCAAUCAUUUCCUAAUGCUAGACUAGAAUGCUUGACUGUUACAUCAUCAGACCAUUACCCCUUAUGGCUUGUUUGUGAUCCAGUCCGAAUUUAUCCUAGAUCGGAUCGCAAAUUUAUGUUUGAGAAUGUGUGGCUAGUGGAUUCAGAGUUUGACAGUAUCGUGAGGAGUUGCUGUCAGAAUACUAGUGUUGAUGGUGUUGUGCAAAAACUUGAUAUUUGUGCUGCAACCAUGUCUCAGUGGAGUAAAGACAACUUCCAAAACCUUCGCAGAGAGAUUGAUAAAUGUCACAGAAGAUUAGAAAGAGCCCGAGGUCAGGUUGAUUCUUCCAAUGUUAAUUACUUUAAUGCUUUAAAGAAGAGGUUAUCUUCCCUUCUAGUAAAAGAUUAUCUUUUUUGGAGACAAAGAGCUAAAACUUUUUGGUACAAAGAUGGUGAUUUGAACACUAACUACUUUCAUGCAUUUACAACUGCUCGAAAAAAGGUUAAUAAAAUUGUUUCUCUAGAAAAUACUAAUAGUGUUGUUUGUAGUAAUUCAGAUGAACUGAAUGUUAUUGCUGAUACACCUAAAAAGAUGCUAUUUAUUUAG